AGUUGUAAGAAACGUCCUCGAGACUCUACUGUGAGUCUACAUCAUGUAGACUACCCAGUAUAGUACGGUAGUAUUUUCAUAAAAUAAUGCCAAGAACAUUAUCACAUCAGAAUGCGAAGUUUUAAAAUACUAGUACUAGUAGUAGUUGCGGAUUGAUGAAGCUCUCUGCUGGAUAUCGGUGGACUGGACUCCUACUUGCCUAGAUAUUUCAAUGUUCAAUCGCUAGCUAGCGCUGGUCCAUCGAGUGCUCGCGAUAAGUGUUAUUAGUUAUUCGUCCACGCUCUGUCGAAGUGGUCCGACGGACAGGAGAGCAAUCAAAUCAACACUACAAAAAUCGUAGUCUGAGAUCUACAGCCUACAGCUAGACUUCUUGCGUUUCGCCAGGCCAAGGGCAGCACUGAGCAGCUCGGCUCAGGUCGUCUUGAGCGGUCUGGUUAUGACUAGGCAGUGAGGCCAGUCAACAUAAUCUCGUGCAUGUGAGCUGUGUGGGAAACGGAGUUGUGCUUGGAAAGCGUGCAGCGUAGUCUUCACAGCGCUCAGCCAUGGGCGAUCAUCAGGCACAGGAGACGUUUCCGCAUCCUAUGCGCCUGCAGAUCGUGGUUCAGAGCAGUGGCGACACGAUCGCCUAUGAUUACAACGUUAGCAAGCCCGUGUCUUUCGGGCAAGUCCUGGGUCUCCUGGAACGUGUUAGUGUUACUGCGGAAAAGCCCAAUGCCUUCGAUUAUUUGGAUGAUGAGAAUGAUCGAGUGACAGUCCGAAGUGACGAUGAAGUGACUGCUAUGACUGCAGCGUACUUCUGGGAGUGUCAGCGGCAAGGAGAAUAUUCUCUGCAGAUAUACCCUCACUAUCCACGCCAGCUGUUCAGCACGACUGAGAGACGCAAUCCGCUUGGUCUGACGGUAAACCCAGCAGCACCACCGCGUCCGACACCCGUUGUCAGAGAAGUCCGGCCACCGCCUCGCAGUGAACGCUCCAAUGCCGUCGACAUCAUGGAAAUCUUGCAGUCAGCACCUAUCGAACCAAGUGAUAUUCAAUAUCUUGAGAUUCUUGGCCAUGGCAAUGGGGGCACGGUUUAUCGUGCUCACCACCGGAGAAUACCGCCACCUUUCAACAUGGCAGUGAAGCUCAUUCCUGUGGAUGUGACCGAGGAAGUACAACAGCAGAUCAUGUCCGAGUUGGCAAUUCUGCACCAGUGCAAGAGCGAGUACGUCAUUCACUUCUUUGGAGCAUUCUUCACCGAAAACAGAAUAUCAAUAUGCACAGAGUACAUGGAUGGUGGUUCCUUAGAUCGAUAUGUUCCCAUUCCGGAGAAUGUUCUGGGCAGAGUUGCAGUGCAGGUUGUGAAGGGCAUGGUGUAUCUAUGGCACCAGGGAAAUGGUCCUAUCAUGCACAGAGAUAUCAAGCCCUCCAAUAUCCUAGUCAAUCUCAAUGGUGCCGUCAAGCUGUGCGACUUUGGUGUGAGUGUACAGCUGGUGAAUUCCAUCGCGCGUACCUUUGUUGGCACCAACGCUUACAUGGCACCUGAGCGAAUACAGGGUGAACCGUACAGCAUCAACUCUGAGAUUUGGAGCCUGGGAAUCUCAAUUGUAGAGAUGGCAAUCGGAAGAUUCCCAUAUCCAGCAAACAGUGCGGAACAGCCACCUGUGUUGGCUAUUGAACUUCUUCAAAUGGUCGUGUACGAGGAUCCACCGGCUUUGCCUGUGCCUGAGUUCUCGAUGCUGUUCUCGGACUUCUGUUCCCAAUGUAUGAGGAAGCGGCCGGAGCAGCGCAUUGGCCUUGGAGAGCUUCUGAAUCAUCCCUUCAUGCAGAACAUGAGUGAUAGCAACACGGAGAUCAUUGCUUUGUUUGUAAGAGAUCACCAGGAGUAUGGUGGUGCGGCCAUGGCCCAACGCUACCUACUCCAACAGCAACAGGAGCACCGGCAACAACAGCAACAAAUGGAAAUGGGAGGUGCUGCUGCUGCGGCUGCUGCGGCACCUUACGGUGGUCUUCCACCUAUGUACUCACCACAGCAACGACGAGAGCAAGGCUCCGCAACGCCUGUCAUAGCUAUGGCGACAACGGACACGGACGACGAUGCUUUGGAUAGUGCGGGGACGGUGACGACGGAUAACAGUUUGGCACUGGGAGACGCUAUCAACCAAGCACAUCCACUGCCAGAAGAGCAGGCUAUGACGUAAUAGUUCUGUGAACUUGAUGAUGAGACUUGAAAGGGUAUCUAUAUUCGUGCUGCUGCCGACGACGUUGAGGACUAUUUAUAUAUUUUCCUAUUUUUUUCCUGUGUGCAUUACGAAUUCUUGCAGCUGAAAUGUAGGAUGACAGCUUGAGAGUUCUUGAAAACAUAGUUCUGCUUUUGAGGUAGAUGAACAACUGAAAUUUUGAUUCCAUUUUUUGUGCACAUGCACACUUCCUCUAUUCAAAUUAAAUGAAGGUAGCAUUGACAGAAGACUCGACGGAUGUAUGAAACUAACGAAACUUACGUACAGUGAUUUUUGCAAGGCUAUUUUUAAUUUAAUGUUUCAAACUAAUGAACAAUUAUGCAAGCGGAUCACAGUUUCAGAUUCUCCACCGUCAA